GUCAACAAUGGUUGUGCUCGUGUCCUUCGUCUACUGGAAUAUGGACGAAUUUAAGAGAAAAAGGCGGUUUCCUUUUUCUCCGUAUUACAUUCUCUCAAUCCAAGCUUACUUUUACUGUUUACUAAGGAGCAGUAGUUGCUUCAGACGGCGGCGCUAUCCUUUCCGUGUAGAAGCUGAGUCGGAAAACGAGCGAUGGGAAGGGUUUUUGUUGUGGAAAAGGAAGGGCGAUCGUACAGAUGCAAGUUCUGCAAUACACAGUUAGCUCUCGCCGAUGACCUUGCAUCUCGGACCUUUCAUUGCCGCCGGGGAAAAGCUUACCUCUUCAAUCAUGUAAUAAACAUUUCUUCGGGAGCAUUGGAAGAGAGGAUGAUGCUCUCAGGACUACAUACAGUAGCUGACAUAUUUUGUUGCACAUGUGGCCAAAUUGUCGGGUGGAAAUAUGACGCAGCACAUGAGAAGAGCCAGAAAUACAAGGAGGGCAAGUUUGUUCUUGAAAGGGGGAGGAUCGUGGAUGACACAUUGAAUUUUCGACUUAGUAUCAGUGAUAGCGAUGAUAAUUAGGGUAUGAUGUUACCAUGUUACUAUAUAUAAUGAAUCAUGAUAAUUACUGAAUGAUAAUGCUUGAGUUUGUAAAUAAUGUAAUAAUGUCUGGAGUAUGUAAAUGCUGAGCUAUGUAGAUGGGCAUGCCUUUUUCUGUUGAUUC